UUGGUUAUUUUAAUUUUUUUCUUUCUAGUUAUUAGAAUAUUCAGGAAGGUUCCUGUUCCUCAGUUUAUGAAUAUCACUCCUAAGUCUUACCGUAUGAUCAGAUACAUGUACUCAAACAGUGCAGGUUCAUGUGGGGGGUCACAGCAAAAAAGAUCCUGGUCUGACCUGAAAAGCCAGUUGGUGGAUGAGUCCCAUGUAAAAGCUCCCAUGACCCGUCACUAGGACAACCCUAGAUAAACAACAGCACACAACAAAGACCUCAUAAACGAGGAACAAAUUGGAGAGGAACGGCAGCUUUUGGAUAGAAUUUCUGUUGAAGCUGAUUGCAAAAUGAGUUUAAAAUCUAGGAAAGCAUUACCUUACAUGCAUUGAUAAGGGUCAGUUCACAGUUUUUCCGGAGCAAGUGUAUUCAAGCGUCUAACUAUUGUGUGAGCGGAAGGCACUAAAUAAUGCCUUCAGGUACCAAAAAGUCAAGAUCUCAAAGUUCCAAGCCUGCAGCAAAGAGCAAAAGGAAGCGCUCUUCCAAGAAGAGGUCUGUCAGUGCCAAAUCCUCUAAGACAGAUGUGGAUAUUCUGAGUCCAGCUGCCAUGGAGAACGUCUACUACAUCUCCCAUAAUGCAGUGGACUGCUUGGAGUUCAGAGGAUUUGGCUGGACUGGAGCCACCAAGAAGAAAGGAAAAAAGGGCAGAAAACAAAAGAUAAAAAAAUGAAAACUAAAUAUAAGUGUUCAUGCUUGACUUAAAAGGAUACAUUAUUUAGUUUAGUUAAGAUGGAUAUUUAUCUCAACAAAUUUUAAGUUGUCA